CCUUACAGACAAAUUUAUGCGUCGCUACGAGCUCUCCCGCCGCCACACUUUUUGUUUUCCCAUAUUGCUCGAUCCAUCAUGGCGAUGCACGCGAAGGCUACUCCGCCGCAGAUUCCGGACACCCGGCGGGAGCUUGCCGAACUGGUCAAGAGGAAACAAGAACUAGCUGAGACGCUUGUGAAUUUGGAACGACAAAUAUACGCCUUUGAAGGCAGUUACCUAGAAGACACUCAAAUGUACGGCAACAUCAUCCGAGGAUGGGACCGAUACCUAACUAACCAAAAGAACUCCAACAGCAAGACGGACAGAAGAAAUCGAAAAUUUAAAGAGGCAGAGCGUCUUUUCAGCAAGUCGUCAGUUACAUCGGUUGCUGCGGUUUGCGCACUAGGCGGGAUCCCAGAUCACAUGAACGAAAAACGCGAGGCAGGCAGCGGCACGGAAAGCGACGCGUCUCCGGAUCUCCAGAAUCAAGAAAAUGAGCCCAGUCAGGAAGACACGGAAGAUGUGGAUUCGGCCUUGCAGGACUUGAAACCUCAAAAAGCUGCGUCUUCCUCUUCAUCUGGCAGCCAUCAUGGAAGUCAUAAGAAGAGGAAGAACAAAAAUAGGCACAGCCCUUCUGCCAUGUUUGAUUAUGACUUUGAGUUCGACAUGAAAGUGAACAAGAAACCGAGAGCUGAAUAUUCCACCUAAGAAAGACAAAUUCAAGACCCUACAAGAGAAAUAAGACUUUGUGAACUUUGUACACCUUUUAUUUUUCAGUGUACCAUUCAAAACAUUCCCUGGCUUUCAAACGUCCCGCAUGUUUUUUUCCACAACAUUUUUGUAUAGUGUUUAAAAAAACAAAAACAAAGACUAUUUAUUUAGUAGGCAAUCAUCUUAUAUUCCCUUUUUUGUGAACGUCACAUUGUUGUGGAUCCCCUUUUAUCUGUAUUAUUUUUAUGUCAUGGUGUUUUUUUCAAGAAAAUAAAAUGCCAGUGAUGUCGGUA